AUGUCGCAGCGGAAAUUGCAACAAGAGAUAGACAGAGUAUUCAAGAAAGUGAAGGAAGGGCUCGAGGAGUUCGACUUCAUCUACGACAAGCUCCAGAGCUGCGACCAGCAGUCGCAGAAGGAGAAGUUGGAGAACGAUUUGAAGAAGGAGAUCAAGAAAUUGCAACGACACAGAGAGCAGAUCAAGACCUGGAUGUCUGGAAAUGAAGUGAAGGACAAAAAACAGCUCAUAGAGCACCGUCGACUCAUAGAGCACGAGAUGGAGAGAUUCAAGGAGGUGGAGAAAAUCAUGAAGACCAAGGCGUUUUCGAACGAGGCUCUCGCGUCCACAGACGUCACGUUGGACCCAAGACAGCGCGAGAAGCUGGAGUGUGCCGAAUUCAUCCAGUCGAUGAUCGAGGAGCUCGACCGCCAGGAUGAGAGCAUCGAGGCACAGAUCGACCAGAUCACGAGCUCGCUCAAGAAGAAAAAGUCCGACGCCUCCAAACAGACACAGAUCGACGCGCUCAGCGAGCAGCUCGAGCGCCACAAGUGGCACGUGGGGAAACUGGAGACGAUUUUGCGGCUGCUCGAAAACGACAACCUCGAGGUCGACCAGAUCAACGACAUCAAGGAGGACAUCGAAUACUACGUGCAGUCGAACCAGGACAGCUCGUUUGUUGAAGAUGACACGUUCUACGACGAGCUUGGACUUGACGAGCUGGAAGAAGGUUUCCGUGUUGUUCAGGCUGGCCAUGACGACGACGACGACGACGACCGCGACGACAAGGAGUCCAAACCCACAACCAGAAAGUCCAGCACCAGCACACAGAGUAUGCUUCCAACAACGUCCUCAACUAGCCAGGGUCCUGCUCCCGACCAUUUGCACCACGUUCCACCUCUAGCUGCCACAGCAGCUCCAUCUAGUCGGAUACCGUCUGCCAGCCACCAGCUACCACAGCUGUCCCAAAACAGCCAGACAAGCUCUCCUCUUGUGCGGGCUGCUAACCUCACACCCGCAGCGUCCAGUUCGACGACGCCAAAGCUUAAAUACGCCUCCGUGGUGAGCACAGGACUGCCUGCUGCAGACAAAGGCCGGGCUUCUCCGUCGGUCUCCACGGGACUACCUCAUCCAGCAGACAGCACCAGGGAAAGCACUGCUUCUCCACAGCAAUUUUCCUUCCUCGACGCAUCCAACUACACACAUCUGCCCGAAGGAAUAAGAGACUAUGUGAGCUGUCUGGAGGCAGCUAAGACGCGCCAUGAAAGUGCUGAAAAACGCAGUCUGGAAACCAUCUUCCCGCAGCUGGAGUCGUCACUGCUCAAUUGUCCCGACUCCUACGACUCUGACAAGCCUCGCAAUUACCAGCCGACCAACCAGUUCACCACCCAAACGUGUUUUCCGCAGGAGCCGGCUGUGGAAAUCACGGGCUCGACUAAGCUCUUGCAGAAGCUGAAGAUCGACACUCUGGCCUACUGCUUCUACUACCACAACAUCAAAUACAAGAGCCCGUUCACAACAAUCAACAACCUCAAUAGUCCGGGCGACGAUUAUCUCCAGUACAUUGCUGCCAACGAGUUUAUCCGGCGUGGAUGGAAAUAUCAUAAAGAAUUGAAGACGUGGUUCCUCAAAGACGGUGACGAGUGGAAAAUGUUUGACUAUAAGGAUUCCUGGUCAGUGAAGAGCCAGCCGGGAUUCAGCUUUGAACCCCAACAGGAGCAGACUCUGUAA